CGGAUUACACCUAGGUAAUUCGACGGUCCCGAUUUCUUGGUUCGAAGACCUCUCUUGCGAUUAUCCUCCUGCGAGGAGCCGCGUCUGCCCCGAGCAAAACCCUAAACCCAGGACGCCUCGGAGAGCUUCUUCGGAGCCAUGGGUGAGCCUCGGUUCCUCGUUUCCUCUCCUUCGACUCUUCGAACGGGCCAUACAAGUACGUACCGGAGCUAUGGACGAAGAAGCAGCCGGACGUGAUGCGGUUCCUGCAGCGGGUGAGGUGCUGGGAGUACCGGCAGCUCCACUCCAUCGUCCGAGACGCCAGCCCGAUGCGCCCCGACACGGCGCAACACCUCGGCUACAAGGCCAAGCAGCAUGCUCCCUGCCAGUCGAGUCGAUUUCUGAGACAUUCAGCUCUCACAGAUUCAACCUUUCAAAGAUUUGGCUUUUCAUCCACGGCAUCUCCACAACCAACUGAGAAGGAGGGUAACCAGCCUGCAGACCAGAGUAAUGCUUCACAGAAUAGAUCAGAAGUUGGAGCUAAUACCACAUCGACUGAGGCUACCGAUGAUUCUACUGCUCAAGAGCCAACACAAGAUGCAGAUGCAGAGCCUGAACUAUCCUAUGAUGAUUUGGUAAAGCUAGUUGUUGAGAAAGAAGAGUUACUGAAGCUAAAGCAUGAGGAAAUUGAGAAAAUGCAGGAUAAGGUCCUACGCAGCUAUGCUGAAAUGGAGAAUGUUAUAGACAGAACAAAACGUGAGGCAGAAAACUCUAAAAAAUUUGCAGUACAAAACUUUGCCAAGGGCUUACUCGUUGUUGCUGACAAUCUGGGAAGGGCUUCAUUGGUUGUCAAGGAAAGCUUCUUGAAGAUUGAUGCAUCCAAAGACUCUGCUGGAGCUAUCCCUCUCCUGAAAACUCUACUCGAGGGUGUUGAGAUGACUGAAAAACAACUUUCAGAGGUGUUUAAGAAGUUUGGGGUGGAGAAAUAUGAUCCAAUAAAUGAGCAAUUUGAUCCAAACAGGCAUCUGGCAGUGUUCCAAGUACCUGAUGCUUCAAAACCACCUGGCACUGUUGCUGCUGUUUUGAAGGCUGGUUACAUGAUAUAUGAUCGCGUUCUUCGCCCAGCUGAAGUUGGUGUAACUAAAGACUUGGACAAUGAGACAGAUCAAAGUUCCAGUGCAUGAGCUGUAUUCCACACAAUUUUCCUGUAAUGCGUUAUUUGAUAUCUUGUAUAACCUUAUAAGCAAGAGCAAAGACCAAGUUAUCAUGGAUCGAGUUGGUAGCCUGGAAAUUUGAUUGGUGCUUUUUGUUUGAGAGAAAAAAAGGAAAAUGUUGAUAUUAUUAUGAUAAUUUAGACUACAAAUCAAACUUAAAAGAUCUGCAAUUUUGUACUUAUUCUUUGGAAUGGAGAGCAAUUAGACCA